AUGACGCUAAAGUUCGUGAUCCGAGAACCCAAGGUGCGGGUCCUGUUCUCGCCCACGGAGUUCUUCGAGACCCUGAAGGGCAUGUUCCGGAACUCCAAACAUAGAAUCGUUAUCAGCUGCUUAUACAUAGGAAUAGGCGAGCUGGAAAAGGAAUUAAUACUAACCAUAAAAAAUAAUAAACACAUAAAGAAUUUAAGAGUGGACAUUCUGUUAGAUAAACAAAGAGCUACAAGACCAGAAGGGAAGCUGAAAGAAUCCUCUGUGACUAUGCUGUCCGAUCUCUUCAGCCAUGCAGGCGAUCUAAAUAUAAGCUUAUUUCACAACCCACUACUAGGAGCAGUAUUGUAUAAUAUUCUGCCCUACAGACUCAAUGAAACCAUUGGAGUGAUGCACAUGAAGGUAUUUAUUGCAGAUGAUCAUGUGAUUUUAUCUGGGGCCAACUUAAGCGAUAGCUACCUUCGAAAUAGGCAGGACAGAUAUAUUUUGAUUGAAAAUAAAUUAUUAGCUGACUCAGUUCAUAAAAUUGUGAAUUGCAUCCAGAACAUGUCAUUCAGAGUGAAUGUCGAUUUGAGUCUCCAUUGGGGCAGUGACUUAAUGAACCCUCUUGUCGACGCUCAUACCUUCCGUGAGCAGUUCUAUAGGAGGAUACAAUUCAUGCUCGGUCAAAUCAGGGAAGACAUUUUGCGUGAUACCCAGGGCAAGGCGGAAAGGCACAUGCCGGAUGGCGAUUUAAGUGGAUGUCGCUUACCCGGAAGCAGCCCCUCUAGGAGCCAGCGAGAAGACUUCUUCAAUCCCCUGUUCGUCAAAAAUGAAGUAAUUAUGACCGUGGAGCUGGCGCUGCAGAGCGGAUUCUCUUCACCCCCUAUAUACGACGAAAGCUGCAUGUUGGAAAACAUGCUCAAGAAUGUAAAGAAAUAUGACCAAAGUUUAAUCAUAUCAUCAGCGUAUUUGAACUUUCCAGAAAUUUUUUUACAACUGUUUAGAAAUAUAUAUGAUAACCUGUGUUUUAAAAAGGGGUUAAUACGCUUUAUUACAGCAUCCCCUGCAGCUAACAGUUUUUUUAAGUCCAAGGGCAUUUCCUACUACGUACCCCUUGGCUACACAGUCAGUGCGCACAUGUGUCUUCAAUUCAUCACCAAAAAUAUUAUAAGCGCUUUUAAAAAUUUAAAUAGAACAGACCCUUUGAAGAAAAAGGAAAAGACAUACACAGAUAUUUUUUUAGAAUAUCAUAAACCGUCCUGGACCUUCCACUCCAAGGGGAUGUGGCUGAUUGGUAAUUCCACCGACAGGGGAGUACUUGGUGGCAACACCUCACAAAUGGAAAAUGUUACAAAUAGUGUGUGCACUAGCCAAUAUUAUGAACAGUCAGAAAAAAAAAAACAAAAAUCCCCUUUUGGAAUAGCUAGCUCUCCUUAUUUAUUCAAUAAUGAUCAAAAUUGCCUGAACAGGUCAGCUAAUUUGGAGGAAAGAAAAAAAAAAAAUGUGUGUGAAAAUACUUUAAAGAGUGAAGAAAUGGAUCAUAGUCAACACGGUGACGAUAAUCAGCUUUAUAACAAUAAUGCUACAUCACUGACCCAAAACUUGGGCGAUCUACCCUGGGGAACGGUGAUUGGAAGCUCCAACUACGGCUACCGAGCAAUGUACAGAGACUUGGAAAUGAGCUUUGUGAUCAAAACAAACGAUGAAAAUUUGAAGCGCCAGUUGCAGAAGGAGCUGAACAUCGUUUACGAGUCCUCCAAUUUUGUCCACAUGGACGAGUUGUAUUUGAGGUACCCCCGAUGGCUGCGAUUGCUGUACUGGUACUUCGCGCGAUGGUUGCUGUGA